AUGGCUGCUAUAAUCGGAUCGGUUACUACAAGCUUCAAGAAAGAGAUCCGAAUAUUCCAACAGUAUGAAGUGUGGUCACGGAUUCUUACAUGGGAUCAGAAAUGGCUCUAUAUUGUGACACAUUUUGUUCAGAAAGGAAGUGUAAAGCAUGGUGAUUUGGACCAUCAUACCUCACCGCCGAAAAAGACUUCGAAAAAGUUCUCAGGAGCUGGGGGCGAUAUUGGCAAGGAAAAAUCAGCUCGACCCGUGAUAUUUGCAACUUCGGUCUCAAAAUAUGUGUUUAAAAAGGGAAGAUUGACUGUGGCGCCGGAACGACUACUGAGAGCUUCGGGUUUGUUAGAAGAAAGGGUCGUGACUGGAGGCGUUCACGAGAAAUCCCAAGGCGUUGGGCCCAAAACCACAAAGGAUACUUUGAGCGAGGAAUGCGACAACUUGGUGAGCUCAAGAAACAGCCAAGUCAUCGAAAAACAAAGGCUCAGAGGGAUGAAAUAUGCCAAUGCUUGGGCAGAAUUGGAUUCCCUACACGAACAGCUGGUCAGCGAAAGCGAGCGGAGUGACUGUGUUCCUGUUAUUGGACACUUUAGUGAUAUCACAGGUUAUGGCAUAUCUUACCGCUAG